AUGGAUAAACAAAUUUAGAUAGUAAAAGAAAUAGGUAAAACUCCUGAAGAACAAGUACUUAUCACAAAUGUCACGAUAGGCGAAGGAGCUUUUAGCAAAGUUUAUAUAGCUUUUUAUAAGAAAGAAUUUUUUGAAAAAAAAGAGAAAGCAACAAAAUUAUGUGCAAAAAUUUUGUAAAUAUCUAAUCCAACUCAAUUACCCUACAAAUAAAUUCAAACAGAGUAAUAAAUUAUGAUGAGUAUACAGUCUCCAUAUGUACUAAGGUUGCUGCAGUUUCAUUAAACGAUAAAUAAUAUAUAUUUUAUUCUUGAAUACUGUGAAGAUGGAGACUUGACUAAGCUUUUGAAAUAUAAUGAAUUAAACGAAGGAUAAGUUUUAUAUUUAUUUGGGUAAUUAAGUAGAGGCAUGCUUGAGUUAAAAAAAUAAAAUGUAUUUCAUAGAGACUUAAAGCCUAGUAAUAUUUUAAUUAAGGAGGGUACAAUCAAGAUAGCAGAUUUUGGUUUAUCAAAAAUAUGUGAUCCUCUUCAUAUUAGCAAUACUUAAGUAGGUACCCCAUAUUAUAUGUCUCCUUAGGCCUUAGAAUCAAAAAAUUACAAUCUAGAAAAGAAUGACAUUUGGUCAGCUGGUGUUAUGCUCUAUUAAAUGUUAUACAGAAAAUUUCCUUGGGAGAUAUAGCAAAUCGAAACACACUAAAAGCUGAUUGAUGUUAUUAAGAACACAACAAACAUACAUUUUUCAAACAAUUUCUCAAUAUCGGAAGACACAAAAGAUCUGAUAAAAAAUAUGCUAGAAGUAGAAGAAGCUAACCGCUUUGAAUGGGAAGAAAUCAUAAAUAUGAAUAUAAUAAAGGAGAGUUAAAAAGAGGAAUAUAAAAGUUAAAUAAUUUAAAUGAUUAAAAAAUAUAAAUGA